AUGACUGGCCACAAGAAAUGGAUCUUCAGGAUCCUCCUUUGGGCGAACGUUUGCGCGAUCGUUUCAGCCAAUCAGACAGAUUCGUCAGAGAUCGAUCUGUCCGAUGAAAUGGAGUCGUUCACCACGACGAAAAGGACGUUUCCUGACAGGUGUCUAGUGAGAACCGAGCCAGGACCGUGCAAGCAGUACGUUCACAAAUGGACGUUCAACAAGACUGAAGGAAAAUGCAGGACUUUUCCUUACGGUGGCUGUUUGGGAAACGAGAAUCGCUUCCACUCGGAAGCUGAGUGUCUUCACUAUUGCGUGGGUGGUCCUGAACAUACGUUGCCACCUUAUCUGGUGACAAAAGGGAGCGUAUUCGUGACAAGCACCGCAACCACCAACACACUGCCUUCUACCACCGCCAUCACUUCGCGACCAACUUUCACGCCGCCAGUACCAACGAAACCGCCUGUGCCAAAGCACCAAAGAGGAAAGGAACUAACUUUCAUGGAAUCCGGCUACGAGAAGACUUUUAUGUUCGCACAAAGUAACACGUUCAUUCAGCUCGACGGUAGCGGCAUUAAACCGUUCCAACUUCGGCUGUGCCGUGAAAUAUCCUUCAAGUUCCGUACAAAAUUACCCCACGGUCUGUUGGUCUACCACAGCGUCAAAGAUCGACCAGAAGGCUUGGAUCCGUACGCUCUGUACGUAAUCGUGGAAAAAGGUCAGCUAAAAGUAGUACACGUGUUUGGUAAACGAUCGACCAGCCUGACGGUCGGUGAAGGGUUGAAUAGGGACGAAUGGCACAGCGUUCUGGUGAGAAUCGACGUUCACGGGGCGAAAUUGAUCGCCAGAGUGGACGAUAAACAGGAAGAGACCACGUUGAAAGUUUUGGAACACGUGAUCAAUUAUGGGGUAUCCGAAGAACUCGCGUCUGUUGUUCUUAUUGGAGGGCUGAGUUCCGAGGAGAAAUUGCACGGCGUGAAGUACAUAAUAGAAUCGUUUGUUGGCUGCAUAAGAGACAUGGUUCUCAGCUCGGGCAAAUCGGCCAGCGAUUUGUUGCCCAUUCAGCCUCUGAUUGCCACGAAGCACGAAAACGUGAAAGAGGGCUGCGUAGACAAAUGUCGAACACGAGAGAAUCUCUGUUUCAUCUCGAGCCAAUGCGUGAAUCACUAUAAUAGUUUAACUUGCGACUGCUUUGGGACGAAGUACGAAGGAGAACGAUGUGAUGUGUACACGGCCACAAUCUUAACGUUAAGAGGAUCUUCCUACGUCUCGUUUCGUGUCUACGACUGGAAAGACAGAGUUCACUCGUCUGUUAACAGGAUAAGCCUCGCGUUUAAGACAAAAUGGGACGAUUCAGCCCUGUUCUACGCGUCUGGAGAGAUCGACGGAACACCGCAUUACGUGGCAGCGUCCAUAGUGAACGGAUCAGUGCACGUGGAACUUGAUUUCGGGCACAAUUCGAAAAUUGCCACUGUACUCGGUGACUACAUCACCUCGAAUCAUUGGAACAACCUGACGAUAUUCCAUACUGGAUCUCUGGUCUUCGUCAGCCUGGACGAUGAGAUUAAGGUACUGGAAAUCCCUGGGGAGAACUACAACAUGAUCAUCGAUCCUGAGAUCUACAUCGGCGGCGGGCCUGAACUGCACAAAAAGAAAGGCCUCCUUUCGCACAAUAAUUUUGCGGGCUCGCUGAAAUACGUUUUCUUCAACGAUAAGUCUAUUAUUUACGAGCUGAAACGUUCCAAUCCUAUGGUGCAUUAUAUCGGUGUACUGGAGCCCGAGUACUACGAGGCGGAUGUUGAUGUGAUUCCAAUAACUUAUCCGUUCGCGGGCAGCCACAUUUGGUGGCCCAUAGCUCGGACCGACUCUCUUAAAUUGAACUUCGACUUCAAGAGUUCGAAGCCUGUGGCUGUGGUCGCGUCAGGGGAGGUGAAAAGCAAUCGUGGACUUGGAUACUGGGAGCUUCGCCUGGUGAACGACGAAAUUCGCUUUCAACUGAUCCCCGUGUUGACGGAGAACAUCACAGUUACCGCGGCCGUGAAAUUCCCACCGUAUAACACGUCUUGGCACGCGGUCGAAUUGAAUUAUACGAAAGGAGAGCUCGGCGUUUUGGUGGAUUACCGGAACAAACAGAGCAAGCUGUUCUCUAUGACAUUCGAGCUAGGUGGCAAAGUUAUCAUCGGGAGUGGGAAAAGCAACGCGGGUCUGGUGGGAUGUAUGCGUGAAAUACGAGUGAACGACGAGAGAAUAGAGCCUAGAUACGUGAUCAACACCGAAAGAGUGAUCGGAGAGGUGGCUCUGGAUAAUUGCCAAUUCGUGGACCCUUGUACCAGACCGAACACUUGCGAGCAUGGUGCCAAGUGUUCGGUGAAGGAGGAAGGAAUCACCUGUGAUUGCGUCGACACUGGUUACUUCGGCAAAAAUUGUCACUUCGCUGAAUACAGGAAGACUUGCGAAGAAUUAGCUUUAUUGGGCUACACUCAAGACGACGUCUACAAAAUCGACAUCGACGGAAACGGCAGAUUUCCGCCAGCUCUCGUGAAAUGCGAGUUUCAAUCUAUCGAAGACUCGACGAAAACUAUCGUCGAGCAUAAUCUACCCUCGCAAGUCGACGUCAGAUCCAUCGCUGAGUCUGAUUUCACGUUCAACAUCAAGUACCGACAAUUCACCGCGGAGAUGCUGCAAGAAUUGAUCUCACACUCGUUGUACUGCAGUCAGUACGUCAAGUAUGAUUGUUACAAAGCGCCUUUAGAGUUGCACAGUGCCACUUGGUUUCUUAGCUCGAAAGGAACUACCGUUGACUACAUUGGAAACGUGAACAGAGGAUCCUGCCCAUGUGGAAUGAACAGAACAUGCGUAGACCCGAACCUAAGCUGCAACUGUGAUGUCUCCGCCGGAAAUGCUGGAAAAUGGCUAUCCGACGAAGGAUACUACGAAACUCCAGACUCUUUGGGAAUCACAGGAAUGGUGUUUCUGCAACAAAGGGAUCUCGAGGAAGAUGCACAAGGACGAAUCACUUUGGGACCUCUGGAAUGUGUCGAAACCAAUACACAGAAAUACGUCGUCACUUUCACGACUUCUCAGUCGUACAUCGAAGUGCCAGGUUGGAGAAAAGGAGAUAUAGCUUUCAGUUUUCGAACAACCGGGGAGAAAGCUAUUCUGUUAUAUCAACCACCUAUCAGAAGCAAUUACCCAUCCUUCAUGGUUGCUCUAACUUCAGAAUAUCGAUUAACGUUUAAUUUCACUUUAAACACCGGCACCAUAAGGGAAUUAGAGGUUAAGAGCAGAAGAAAAUUGAACAACGGCGAAUGGCAGAAGAUCUGGAUCGACUACAACGAUUAUCAUGUAAGAUUCAUGAUCAAUACUGACUACCAAAUGGUCGACCUGUUGCCUGAAGAAGAAUUCGGACCCUUUGAGGGCUCCAUGUUCAUAGGUGGAGCCACUGCGGAGCACUUGAGGACUUCUUCCGUCCGUCAGGGACUCAUCGGCUGUUUUCGAGGUUUAGUCGUGAACGGCGAGAUCCUGGACAUUCACAGCUACAUGUCAGUCCACCUGUCCGAAAUCAUAAAAGACUGCAAGCCUUCCUGUCAGCCGAACAAGUGUGAGAACGGUGCCAGGUGCGUAGAACUGUGGAGCAACUUCGAGUGCGUAUGCGAGAACAGAUGGGCUCACCUUGGCACCUAUUGCGAGAGGAACAUAAACAGCAAAGCGUUGACGUUCACGUCGCAAGGCGCAUUCCUGGGGAAGAAUUACUUCGGCACAGAUGAAGAAGACGAAGAGAAGUUACUGUUGAAGAGUAUACUCUUGCAAAAUAUCCUGAUAAACCUGAGGACCUACGAUACCCAUUCGUUGAUCCUUUAUGCGAACGACCACUUGAACAACUUUGCUCAUCUAUACAUUUACAAUGGCACCAGCAUAGUGUACCUCUUCAACGCUGGCAACGAAAUAAAGAAUAUUACUGUGGAGCAUCCAGGCGUAAACACAGGAAUUUCCGUUCAAAUCGCGAUAAUUCGAACCGAGAAAACGACGACGUUGCACGUGAACGAGUACAACGCUACCCUAAACGCCACUCCAAUAUUGCUGGACACAUAUUCGAACAAACCCUGGGUGAACCCAGAAAAGGAGGUGCUGGCGCCUCAAAGACCACCGGCACCGCCUACCAACUACUUCCAGGUGAAUCUAGGGGGUUUCGAUCCGGACGCUCUGCUGAGAGUCGGCAAGGAGGACAUGCAGAUAAAGGGUUACGUUGGAUGUCUUCGAGGACUAAUGAUAGGGGAGUACCUGGUUGACCUGCCGAGCUUGGCAAACGAGGCGAAUCACGAAGGUAGCAGAGGUGUACUGCCCAAUUGUCAGAUGAAGUGUGACGCUAUGCCUUGCAAGAAUUUAGGCAUCUGCACGGAGGACUUCGGCAGACAGGAGUCCUCGUGCAACUGCGAGCUGACGUCCUAUUUCGGAGAGCACUGUGCCGACGAAAAGGGAGCGGACUUCAGCGGUGAGAGCGUUCUGCAACGCGAAUUCGACAUUGUCGGUGAAGUGAGUCAGGUGAAGGUUCAACUAGCUUUUUCGACCAACGAACUUCGACAACGCACCACGGCGCUUCUGCUUUUGCAGUCGGAGAAUAAAAGAACCUACUACUUACUGGUUGCGCUGACGUCAGAAGGUCAGCUGAUCUUCGAAGAAGACAGAGAAGGCUCCGCUUACGGAGUGCGUCUGAACGACAGGAAUUUCCUAAACGGAGCCCGGCACAGUGUUUAUUAUGUCCGGGACAAUAAUACUGCAACGCUUCUGAUCGAUCGCGAGCCGGUGCAACUGUUGCCGAUCCCAGUGCUGAAUCUGGGAGACGACGAGGACGAGAGCCCAGGCGUGACAGAAAUCCAGCUAGGCGGUUUGAACACGACAGAUUCACGAUUCAGCGCGUACAAGGGAUACACCGGCUGUCUCAGCAACGUCGUGGUAUCGAUCAACGGAGGGCCUGGCAUGAAGCCACUCGAGGAAUAUAUGCUCUUUACGAAACAGGGCAGUGAAACUGUCAGAGCGACGAUACCUGCUGGCGUCAGGAGCGCCCAGUGCGCGGUCUUUCACGCACAACCACGUGGCCCCGAUCCGCCCAGAAACGAUAGCGUGGGUCGUCAAGACAGAGCCUGGGUGGAGGAUCCGCCAGAGAAGAUACUGUACAAGUCACAGUACUCCAACGCGACGCAGGAGGAACAAGGUGCUGGUACUUACAUCUUCAUCGUGCUGUGCUGCGUGUUUGUGAGUGCAGUGAUAGGCUGCAUCUACGAGGUUUGGCGAAGUGCUCGUAAAGAUAGGCGUCGUAGACGUGCCGCAGGAGUCGCAGGAUCGUCGCCAGUGUCAGCCUCUAGCUCGCAAAGAUGGCAAUCGCAACAGUACACGGAUCCGUUGGCGGGUGGUGUGAAAACUGUCGGUUUCAAGAAUGUGGAAGACGAGAAAAGACCGAAUGGCACGCACAUGAAACCCACGGGCAAAGAGUACAAGCCGCUGACCAACGCGGAUUCGAAAGACAUAGUUAACGAUAAAAGGGUUCAUAUUAAAGCAGAUGAAGAACCAGAGAAGAAGGAGCUCCUAGGGGUAAAUACAGGCAUCAUCACUAAACCUCCGAAACCAAAUCCAUUCUCGAUGGAGGAUCUGCAAGAGGAACCGGAACUGGAGGAACGCGAGGAAGAGGAGGCAGGUGCGGAAGACGAGGAAGAAGAAGAAGAAGAGGAACCGAAACAACAGAAUCCAGACGAGGAGGAGAGAAAUCAAUCUAACGAAGAAAGUAACGACGACAAAGAUUUCGUGAAGUUGGCAAUCACGCUAAAUGAUAUUGAACAACGAUCGACAAUUGAAGACUCGUCUUCAGAUUCAACGAGGCCUUUCAUUUUCAAUCUGCGACCUAUCUAUUUAGCUGACAACCGAAGAACGUUUGGAAGUCCAGUGAACUAUCUUAGUGGUGCGAAAUAUCAACCACGAAACAGAAACUCCAUUGAGUCAGUAUUGUCUUUGGAUUAA